CUUGUGGGCCUUUGGCUCUCUCUGCCUUAUAAAAAGGGAGCAACGCUUAGCAGCGUGAUUUAGAAGUGUCUUCGUUUCAGAGCGUAGCGCACGCAGCCGGCUUGACUGAUAUGUAUUGCUUCGGAGUAUUUGGCCUGGCCCUCGUCUUGCUAGGAGUGGUUCAAGGGUAUCCCCAGUUUGGGUCUCAAGAUGAGCGGCGUCCGUGGUUGCUGGAUCAACAACAGUCCCGUCCACAGACACCGGUCAGGCAGCCUCAGUUCCCUCAAGUCCAAGGCCCCAGCAGCAGCACGACCACUGGUGCAACACCGGUCAAUCAAGAGCCGCGGUACCUGGCCUGCCUCCAAAUGUGCCCCAAAACCAGCGAGUACAACCCCAUAUGUGGCAGCGACAACAACAACUACUACAAUCAGAAUAUUUUCAACUGUGCCGUGAGAUGUGGCUUGGAUAUCCAACGGGUGCAUCAGGGAAUUUGCCGGACCUAAAGCCGCGGCAUCCAGCUUCUUGACCGGGUCUUGCUCAGUCUUUCUGGUUAUUGACGUCAGCAAAUAAAAUCAAAUACACAAACAUCCGAGACCCGUG